AUGGAUAAAGACGAUACGAAAUCUUCAGAAACGCAAAAAUUUGACUACAUGAAACCAGACAAAAUACAACAACCGCAACCAAGUGAUAUGGUGGAAAUCAUGAAGAAUCUAAGCAUAGAUGAUUUCAAAAAUGUUGGUAAAAUGGCAUGUUUCCGUGGUAGUCUCUUAAAUGGAAUCGGUGGUGGAGCCACUAUCGGUGCACUUCGAUAUAUACAGAAAGGUUAG